UUUAAACAGAUUCAUUUUUAACUAUUAAAUUUAUAUAUAAAUAUCCCUAUUACCCCUUAAAACCUCUGUAAAGUAUAUUUAAGUAUAAUAUUAUAGGUGAUGGUGACAGCAGUGUAACAAAGCGACUCAAUGAUAUUUUACCUUAUGGUCCACAUUUUUUCAUUAAAAAAAUUGAAUGUCGUAAUCAUCUUUUAAGGAAUUAUUGCAGUAAAAUAUCCAUGCUUGCUAAAAAAACCAAAUACCCAUUACGAGUGAGAAAGUUUAUUUUGACAAAUAUACUUAGAUUUCGUGGAGAUGUUACAAAAUCAGCUAAACAUUGGAGAAAUCAAAAUGACUUAACAAUGGCACAAAAAAUUAAAGGCCUUCGAAAAGAUUUAGACAAUUGUCUAUAUCACCGAUUAGGGAACCAUUCAAAUUGUGCGGCUUACUUUUGUACUGGGUCAAAAUCGAAUCUUGCAGUAAAUUUAAUCCCAGAAGCCGAAAAUGGUGGUAUAUUGAGAGAAAUGAAAAAUUGCAUUUCCAGAUUAGUACUAAAUGCAGAGAGCCUAAUUGAAAAUAAAACAAAUAAUAUAUGCGAGCAAUUCAAUGCAAUUAUAAAUAAGCAUGUGGCGGGGAAAAGGUUAAACUUUUCAGGUCGUAGAAGUUAUAACACGAGAGUUGAAGCAGCGGUGAUUUCAUUCAAUUCUAAUCAGUUUUUACGAAAAAUGCAUAAGAAAAUGGCAAAUAAUAAUAGUCCAGGUAUGUUUGGAAACAAAUUUAUGAAAAACAUUGAUCGGAUUCGAAAAAACACCAAAAACAAAAGACAAUUAUUUCCGGAUGAGCGGAGGUACCAAAAGCCACGUUCAUAUGGACCAGAUGCCGAUUACGGUUUAGCUGAACCUCUCAUAGAAAUUUUGUCAGCUGAAGAAUUGGAAACCAAAAAAUUAAUGUUUCUUACAUCAUUGAAUGAUGUUAAUUUUGAACAAGUUGAAAUCGAUACCCGAGAUCAAAGUAACAAUGAAAAAUGGUUUUAUGAAAGAAAAAUACGACUUACAGCAUCGCGUUUUGGACAAAUUUGUAAAAUGCGAGCCAACACAUCAUGCAAAAAUACAGUAUACAACAUACUUUACGCCCCAAGUGCUCAGUCAAAAUCGCUAAAAUACGGACGAGAAGUAGAAGACAUAGCACGUAAAAAGGCGGAAUUAAUUAUAAAAAAAAAAAUUGAAAUAUGUGGUUUGAUCAUUGAUCCUAAUGAUACGUAUUUAGCAGCGAGUCCUGAUGGUUUAAUUGAAAACGAUGCUGUAGUAGAAAUCAAAUGCCCAUAUGUUGCUAAAGAUACUACUAGUGCUAUAGAAGCGGUCAACAAUAAUUUUUUACAAUACUGUAGUCUUGUGAAUAAUAAAAUUAAAUUAAAAACCGAACAUGCAUAUUACUACCAAAUUAUGGGGCAAUUACAUAUUAGUCGUCGAAAAUUGUGUUAUUUUGUUAUACACACGAAUAAUUGGACAAACAUCGAAACAAUUUUUUAUGAUUCUACAUUUUGGGAAUCUAAAAUGAUUUAUAAACUUAAAGCAUUUUAUUUACAAUGUUUACUAUCGGAAAUAGUACAACCACUUUACCCAACUAGAAUGCUAAAAAGUGAUAUACGAGAACGAGAGAAAGCCAAGUAAUAUAACUAGUAUAGUGUGGUACCUACAUAUAGUUUUAUAAAUAAAAAUAUGAAAUAUCUAACUUUA